AUGAAAGAGAAGAACUGUACCAGAGUGACCGAGUUUAUUCUUUUGGGAUUUACGGACCAACCAGACUUAGAAUUUAUCAUCUUUCUGCUGUUUUGGGCCAUCUAUCUCAUCACUAUGGUGGGGAAUCUGUCCAUCGUCUUGUUGAUAAAGAUGAGUUCCCAACUUCACACCCCCAUGUAUUUUUUCCUCAGCAAUCUGUCUCUCUUAGAUGUCAGUUAUUCUUCUAUCAUUGCUCCUAAAAUGAUGGUCAACUACCUUCUGGCCAAAAAUGCGAUAUCGUUUGCAGAAUAUGUAACCCAGUUUUUCUUGUUCUCCCUAGCCGCUAGUGCUGAACUUUACCUGUUGGCUGUAAUUGCCUAUGAUAGAUUCGUUGCCAUUUGUAAACCAUUACAUUAUACCUUUUUGAUGUCUAAGAAAAGCUGCAUCCUUCUGGUAGCCGACUCCUAUCUCUGUGCUUCUGUCAAUGCAAUAGCACACACCAGUGCCUUGUUCAGUUUGUCCUUCUGUGGCUCCAACGUUAUCAAUCAUUUUUUCUGUGACAUCCCUCCCCUCCACACUAUCUCCUCCUCGGCCACCCACGUGGCAGCAUCGGUCCAUUUCAUCUUUGCCAGCAUCAUUAUCAUAAGCACCAUCCUGGCCAUCCUCCUGUCCUAUGCAUUCAUCACGGCUGCCAUCCUGAGGAUCCGUUCCGCUGAAGGGAGAUGCAAAACCUUUUCCACCUGUGCUUCCCAUCUAACAGCUGUGUCCAUUCUGUAUGGGACUUUGAUUUUCAUGUACUUAGGUCCCGUCUCCAGCCUAUCGGCAUACCAGAUCAAAGUAAUGUCCAUGUUAUAUUCCUUGGUGAUCCCCAUGUUGAAUCCCCUAAUCUAUAGUCUGAGGAACAAAGAGGUGAAAGAGGCCCUGAAAAAGACUCUAGGCUGGAAACUCUCCGUUUUUUAA